AUGAGAGCCUCACAACACCUCACCGCCAAAUACGACAAGAAGCGCCACUACGACAACGACGGCGCUUUGUUCACUACUACUGUUGUAUUCGUGUGUUGCUGUAAAAGGCUGACAUGUGAAGUUGUUGUAAAACACUGUUGUUCCCUUUUCUCAAACUCUCAAGUCUCUCUCAAGCUCUCCCUUCUCUCUCUCUCUCUCUCUCUCUCUCUCUCUCUCUCUCUCAAGCUCUCUCUCUCUCUCUCAAGCUCUCUCUCUCUCUCUCAAGCUCUCUCUCUCUCUCUCAAGCUCUCUCUCUCAAGCUCUCUCUCUCAAGCUCUCUCUCUCAAGCUCUCUCUCUCAAGCUCAAGCUCUCUCAAGCUCAAGCUCUCUCAAGCUCAAGCUCUCUCAAGCUCAAGCUCUCAAGCUCAAGCUCUCUCAAGCUCUCUCAAGCUCUCUCUCUCUCUCUCAAGCUCUCUCUCUCUCAAGCUCUCUCUCUCUCUCUCUGUCAUCUUUGUAACGAUCAGCAAGUCGGGUUCGACAGGACGGCAGUGUAUCGGUUGCUGGCCUGCUCGUCGGGUCAUUGCAUUUGCUGGUGCUGAACUGGGAGUGGCCCCGACCUUUGCCGGUCAGCGAGGGCAAAAGAUUGGGGUGGUGACACAGCACCUCUCGCAGCACGAGAAUCAGGCCAUGGGGACGACUCCCAAAAUGACAAAUCCAUCGGUGACCCUCGUCAUGCUUCUGACCCCGAUGCCACCGCGCGAGCUGAACAUGCCCUCCCCCAAAAGGUCUGCCACAAGCCAGCCCACUUCCACGCAUGCCCACAACGAUGGGGCGCGCCAUGGCAGCGAGCACCGUAGUCCUGCCCAUCAAAAGCGGCCUGCUGAAACCCGCGCCGAAGUGCAGCACCAACCCCAGGCGUCCGAUGCCAACAAUGCGAGCGCAGCAGCAGAAGCAGCAAACAACAAAGCAGCCAAGCCCUCGCCACCAACGACCACCUGGAUGCCUUGUCAGCCCGUAUCCAAAGGCUUUGCCAUGUUCGUCUCGAAAACCGUGGAUCUGAUCAAUGCCGAGUCCCAUAGUCGGCUUACUGAGGGUGUAAAGAUGAACUGGCUCAAGGCCGAUGUCGAUACGCUACAAGCCAUCGAGCGCAAUUGGUACCAUGCCAUUGAUGACAAAGAACGACAGAUGUUCGAGUCGAGUGCUGGGGAGAGCGCCUUUGAACAAUUUUGUAACGCCUACGACAUCACGUACCUGCCAACACAACCCCACGCCGAUGACACGAGUCACCGACGGGCACGCGCUCGGCGCCGUGGUGCCCCGAGUCGCAGCCGUGCUUCAGAUACCAGUGGCCGAACAAGUCAGCAAGACAAUGUGCCACGAGACCUUCUGCCCGCUCAGCGGCAACCCAUGCAUGCCGCGGGUAACCCACUAGCUCACAAGCCCACGCCGGCAAAUAUCACAUCUAACUCGUCGAUGCCGGGCCAGAUGCUAUCUCAAAUGGCCAUGACAAGCAUGCCGUCGCAAGCUCAAUCAAUGGCGCACUGGUGGUCGGGUGGGCGCUUGCCCAUGCAAGCGACCAAGCCAGUGGAUGCAGCAGCUGCGGCGGCUGCAGCCAUGAGCAUGUCCCAGCUCAUGGUCCCCUACAUGCCUCAGCAAAUGGGCUGGGGAAUGUCGGACUUGUCAUACAAUCCCGCCGCUAUGGCAUUGCAAGCACCGCAGACCACAUCCAUGGCCACCUGGCACCACCCCAAACCGGAUAUGAUCGAGCCAAACCAACAUGCCUCUAAACGGGCCAAGCGGGGCUCGGCCGAGAUGGGGUCUGUCCUUAUCUCAGGGAUUGAAGCGGAGGCUCCAGCACUGCGCAACCACUGCUAUCAAUUUGCCAUUAUGACGCGGACGACCGUUGAGCAUGUAGUAACCGCCAGCAUGGACCGCGACACUUUCUUUGAGAUGGUGAGCCGUUACGGCACAGAAGAAGUGGAGAUUAUCCGCUGUCGCUGCCAGAUCAAUCUUGAAGAGGGCGAGAUGAUUCGCUGUGCCAGCUGCUCCAUGUGGCAACACUGUGGAUGCAUGGAGCUGAUUAGUAGUGCACAAGCCAACUAUCAAUGCGAGCUCUGCAAACCGCGCUUGCUGAAACGAGCACUUUGCUCACGCUCGUGCAUGUAUGUGUGUGUGUCUCUGUCUGUGUCUCUGUCUGUGUCUCUGUCUGUGUCUCUGUCUGUCUCUCUCUCUCUCUCUCUCUCUCUCUCUCUCUCUCUCUCUCUCUCUCUCUCUCUCUCUCUCUCUCUCUCUCUCUCUCUCUCUCUCUCUCUCUCUCUCUCUCUCUCUCUCUCUCUCUCUCUCUCUCUCUCUCUCUCUCUCUCUCUCUCUCUCUCUGUGUCUGUGUCUCUGUGUCUCUGUGUCUCUGUGUGUGUCUCUCUCUCUCUCUCUCUCUGUCUGUGUCUGUGUCUGUGUCUGUGUCUGUGUGUCUGUGUGUCUGUGUGUCUGUGUGUCUGUGUGUCUGUGUGUGUGGGGGCAUGCCUUAUGGCGCAGGACAUUAUUCAAGACACGCGAGACUAUGUGCAGUAUCGUGUCAUUCACUCGGGCACGGCCAAACGUAUCGGGCUGGGAGAUUAUGUUUAUGUGCGCCCGGGAGUCUUUCGACAUACGGGCCAACGCAACUCGCCCGACAACGACUUGCAAGUUGUGCAGGUGAUAGGCAUCUCACACAAUGCGAUCGACCACAGCCUGCAGUUGAAAGUGGUGCGCUUCAUGCGACCGCAGCAUCUGCGCAAAGCCGGGCAGCUUGAGUAUUUUGAGAACGAGCUGUACCUUACGGAUGAGUUUCGCACCAUUCCGGUUAAAGCUGUCAAGGGGCAUUGCACGGUCAUGGGUCUAUCAGCCUGGCUGCAAGGCACCAACCCUCUCUUUGCGGACGCCGAUAUCUAUGUGUGCCAAUAUGAGAUGCAAGGUUCCGCGCGCUGCCUCAAGUCCGUGACUCAAAAGUCCUUGACCGACUACAUCUCGCAUCACCCUUAUGUGGAAUUGCAAGGCACCAGACCCGAUAAACGCGCCCCAGCUGCGAGCCAGGAGCUGGCGCGUCAGCAGAAGCAACUGACCCAGCAAUGGUUGUCCAAAGGAAACGAGGCAGAUGCCUCAGACUCCGAGGCUGGCACGGAGGCGCUGCCGGCCGGCAUGCAGCCGCAGUUCUUGGGCUGGGUGUUCCCACGACAGUGCUUUGGAGUGGCCAUUAAUUUCGAGGGCAAGCGCUAUGCCGGGCUCUGCUUAGCGGAGGGGGCUUUUGCCGACUCGGUUCGCUUCGAAGGUGCAGCUUCGGCUCCAAGUAACGACAACGACGAGGUUAAGGUUAAGGACGAGACUCUCGAGGCCGCAGCUGAUGAUCGAGUGGGUGUCAAGCCACCGUCAGAUGGGUCGAAUGCACCAGUGUGCAGCACGUUGGUCAGCCUCAACCCACCGUGCACGCAUGUUGUGCACAAUGUGCGUGGAUUAGUUACGACGCUCGCCAACGGGCAUCGCCCGCCUUUGGUGAGCACGACUCCAAGCCAGAUCCAUUGUCCGUAUCGACUCUGUCGCUACGUGGGCCAGGAUGCCGUGAGCCUUGCCUUUCAUCUUCUGCAAAAGCAUAACACCGAUGAUGUUCUGGUGGCGGAGAACUCGAUGCGAACGGGCGACGUCAACACGGCUCAUGCGGAUUCGCCACCUCACUCGGAGUCGGACAAAUCCAAGGCUCGCGCUGCGAGCCGUGCCACGGCAUCCGGCCAUGCUCCAAAGUCGUCCACGACGCGAUCCACUGAAGGGCUCCUAUCAAGCCGCGAGUCCCCGGCACCCGAUGGGGUGGCUUCACCCGAAAAGGCGUCCAAACGCACAUCCUUGCGGUCCAAACGGGGCAGUCAGAGCCCGCAUGCGACCUCUCAAAAUGUCGAAGCAACCCCGCACCUCGAGGAGCACCCUGAACACGAAGUUUUGCGGCGAUUUUACAUUGAGCCCCGAGCUUUGCCAACCAAUGACACCUUUGACGUGGACGUGGUGGACCCUUAUCACUUUGUGCAGUGUGCCUCGCUGGGCGAGUUGAAGCGGUGGCCCAUGGGUAAGCCUCGUGGUAUCCGGACCGCCCGCCAGCUGCGCUCGCACCGCCGCACCCAGCGAUGGUCCGAUCUGAACUACAAGAAGGCCCAUCUGGGUACACGCUUCAAAGCCGAUCCCUUCGGUGGAGCGUCCCACGCCAAGGGCAUUGUUGUUGAGAAGCUCGGUGUCGAAGCCAAGCAGCCCAACUCGGCCAUUCGCAAGUGUGUGCGUGUGCAGCUGAUCAAGAACGGCAAGAAGAUCACGGCUUUCGUGCCCCGUGACGGUUGCCUCAACUUCGUCGACGAGAACGACGAAGUCCUCGUCUCCGGUUUCGGUCGUGCCGGUCACGCCGUCGGUGAUAUUCCCGGCGUCCGAUUCAAAGUUUGCAAGGUGUCCAACGUCUCCCUGCUGGCCCUGUACAAGCACAAGAAGGACAAGCCCCGUUCUUAAGUUGUUGUUGUUGUCGGGUGUUUUAUUGGCCGGCACAACAGGCUGACCCGGCUGCCCGCGGCUUGGGGAAGACGCCUCUCGCGUUUUCGUCAUCCCUUGAGCCAGGUCGGUCCAGCCCAGUCACAAAUUGAGCGGUUGACCGUU